AUGUCCACACCUGUUCCGCAUCUUUCACGAUCGAAUUCGGCCGUUCGUGGGGCCUCAUCCACACCGGCGCCCCAAACAAAUGGCAAUGGCGUAGCUCUAGCUACCGCUUCUGCCACCACAAAUGGCACAUCCGACCAGUCACUCUAUCGAUUCACACCCCAAGCAUACACGACGAACUAUGCUACCCGCAUAAAGGGAUCGCUUCAAACAAUGCUACUGCCCCCUGCAGUUCAAGCAUCGACAUCUACUCUGCCACCGAGAUCUGCUAGAAGAGGUCAGACAACUGUCAAUUAUGCUGAGGAUGACGACGACGAUUUUGGAGAUAGGGACUCGAGACGUGGCGGUGGUGGGGGUGCCGCCGCCGCUGCUGUUCCCGAGGAUAUCACUGAGCCUGUCACGGUUCCUGGAAAAUACCCACCAAAGUCUUUACCCUGGCGAAGAUCCUUAGAGCAAAGCACAAAGGCGGCGGAGCUUCCUGAAGUUCUUCUUCCCAUCCUCUUCGAAAAGGAUAUCGACUCUACAAAGAAAAUCCGUGAGAAUUUCACCUGGAAUCUCUAUGAAGCUGACAUUACACCUGAACGCUUCGCACGACAGUUAUGCUUGGAUCUUGAGCUUGAUCCCCGCUUGAUUGUUGACGACUUGGUUACGGCUAUUCGUACAACCUGCCAGGAAUGGGCUCCUAUCGCUUGUCUCGCUCUUCCCGAGACAUUUGUCGACCCCAUCACUGGUGCUAUAGGGUAUUACCUCUUCCCGGUCAAACUCAAUGUCCAAUGUGGGGUGGAUACUCUGACCGACCAGUUCUUGUACAACAUGUUUGAAGAGGAAUUUACCCCAGAAAUGUUCGCCAAUGUCACUUGUAACGACAUUGGAUACCAUGGAGAGUUCCGUGGUGCCGUUACCACCGCCAUGCGUGAGGAGCUCUUAAAAGCUAAGAAGGAAAUGUUCUUCCCCUCAGGAGCAGUUGUCCAUUAUAACUGGAAAGCCGAUGGUCACUCCCAAUUCCAAGGCAUUCGCUACGACCCGGAGAAUUACGGAAGCCAGUGGUCCCCGAAUAUCGAUAAACUGACACGAGAUGAAGUUGAACGCAGAGAAUCCGACAGAGAAAGAGAGACCCGUCGACUCAGACGUGAAACCACGAGGCUGAAUCCAGUCAAUGCGGCCCAGGUUUGGUUGUACGGAACCAACGGUGUUCCAACCACUGAAAUGCCCGUUCCUGGAAGUCCCGGUGGUGGCAUUCUCGAUACAUUCUCACGAAGGAAGCGUCAGCCUAUGGUUCGGGAUCGAGACGACUCGCCGAUGCGCAAGGGUAGUAUUGGUGGACAAGGUGGAUCCAACACUCCUGCUCAAUUGGCUAGUGCACCAGUCCCACUUCCUGAUAAUAUGAUACUCCAGUGGAGGUGCAGCCUUUGUUGUAUCAAUGGGUUGAAUACCUGGGGCGUUAGAGACGGGCCUACGGGGAAAUAUACCCUCUGUGCUAUCUGUGGGUAUCUCUAUUACGAGGAGAGGGUCUUGCCUGAGUGGCGACGAGGGAUGUUUUUGAAUGAUCUUACCGACCCGGACAUCAAACCCGAUGGAUAUGAGAUGGAUGGAGCUCGUAUGGGUUAA